UGUCAGCUUGACAGCGAGAAAAGUCACAACAAACACCCCCGCACAGCUCUUUCGCAAAACACCUUGUUCCAUCGUUGUGCUGGUGUGCGUGUGUUACCAUUCGUUUGUAUGACCAAUCCCGCAAGCAAAACUACUUGGUGAGCGUUUCCAUACACAAACUCAAUACUCCGCCGCGUUCGCUUUCGAGGGCCUAUUUAUCGCGUUAUUUUUUUCUUGAAUGAAAAACCUCACGCUGGUGGCAGCAAAUCGACGACGCGAUUACGUAUAUGCUGUUGGCUUGCAGCAAGUGCGGAAAAAAGUCCAUCAUCGAUCGCGACUGGAACGAAAAGAGGCACUUCAACGACUGCUGCUGCUCCUAGCGGCGGGCGGCGCCAAAGCGAUGCAGAACCAAACAACAUAUCCGUUUCCCGCGGUCCCGAAUCCGGCGGUUAACGAAAGAUACCGUCGCAAGUAUCGGCGGCUCAAGCGAAUGAUGAAAAAUCUAGUCUUCGAAAACGCUGCCCUUUGUGAUCACGUUGCCCAGAUCCAGGAGAACAUCCUGUUGGUGAAGGAGGAACGACGGUAUCUGCUGAAGAAGUUGCUGGAGCAUGAGAACGAUAUGGAAACGCAGAUGGGAAGGCCGUGUAGCAAACUAAACGAAUUGAUAGCCAAUAGUUUACCUCCAAAACGACAGUACAAAAAGCGAGCGGUUCCGGAUGGCAGUGGAGCCGAUUCGACGACGACUAAAACCAAGGGCCAGUCGAAAAAAGGGCGGGCCAGUGCGGAUAAGAAUAAUACAAAGAAAAACGUUCAGCUGAACCAAUCAGGCCAUCCUACUUAUCCGAUGACGGUGGCCGGUUUCACUAUCUACAACCUGGGUGAAAUUGUCCCUGAUCGACCGGGAUACAACACGGAAUAUACAAUUUACCCAGUGGGAUACACUGUUACUCGACCGUUCGGCCACUUGAAAGACCCGCUAAAGAAAUGCAUUUACACCUGUCGUGUUCUGGACAACGGUGACGCUCCGCGGUUCGAAAUCAUCCCGGAAAAUGACCUCGAGCUAACGAUAUCGGGCAGUUCCACUGAUGCCUGCCAUGCCACCCUGCUUCAAUGCAUAAACGCUUCCCUGGACUGUCGCAGUAUUGACGGUGGGACGGGCCCCUCCGGCGAUUGGUUCUUCGGAUUGGCCCAUCCAACGAUCGGCAGUCUACUGCAGAGUUUCCCUAGCUCGAAACGGUGCCCUAACUACAAGGGAAUCAAGAAGGAGCACUUUGCACACAUGGUGGACAAGGCGAACGAUCCGACGCUCAACUACGAGGCCCUGCAGCGGCACAUAACGAUCGCGGCGUAUCACACGAUGCCGGAGAUCAAGGAGGAACCCCCGGACGAACUGUUGGACCACUCGGAUGGGAAUUCGUUUAGUUUGCCCUAAUCGGACCGCGUGCGAAUCGUGGAGCUAACUUGAAAUCUCUAGAUGGAUGUGUGUUUCGAGUGUGAGUGAGUAUAUUGUAAUAAAGUAAAGGGACAAAUUUUAUGAAAAUUAAAACGAUAAAAACGGAA